AAAAAAAAUUGUUUUUAUCUACGUUGGUUUUUUACUCAUCAGGUUUGUUUCGCGUGUGAUUUUCCGAAAAAUUAUGUUCAUGGAUAGUCAAGUACAUAACCUUAAUAGCUAUUCACAUAUCCCGAAAGACUAUCAAGACACAAGCUUGCUGCUUUAUAGACAUGUCAUCAAACUUAUUGUCUUCCUACAAUUAUAGCGACCAUCGAGUUAUUGGUAUUGAACUAAAAAAAGUUACCACUGACGACAAAAGUAAAUUUAAUGUAAAUAUCGAAAAAGUUCCAACUAAAUAGUAAUUACAAGAAACUAAUGAAUUUAAAAAGAGAGAAAACAUGUGUUUUGGAAUGAUCCUGUACACAUUCACACAAUUUCAUACGACGCCAGCGAUAGUGACGUCGGUUUUUAUUGCACUAGGGAUUUUAUUCUGCGGUUGCGCCAUGGUUCACAACGUCUUCGUAUGGCAAAGAGAAAAGACGAACUCUAUGAAGGCUAUGGCGCGUGAACAGUGCGAAGCAGCAGCUCAUUUACAGCGUCAGCAGCAACAUUUGCAACAACAGCAACAACAACACCAUCAUCAGCAACAGCUACGUUCCAUUCUUCCAUGCCCACCAAAACUUGAAAACUUGACCACUGUGCACUCUAUUUCUGCACAUUCUCGAGGUUCUCAGUGCCAACAGCCUUCACAGCAUUUCCAGCAUCAUCACCACACGCGACAUGUUUCCAUGUCACCACCUCUAUUGCUUUCGUCACCAGUGCCGAGCGGACUGGCAGCAACACACAACCACCACAACAUGUUUUCUCAUCGAGGCGUCCCAGCGACACCUCCGGCCUCUUCAGGUGACCAAUCGCCAAACAGUCCUGCUAACAAACACAAGACCCAGCAGAACCUAUCACGCGACGCCACUGGCAGUGUUAGCCCUGGCAUUCCCGCCGCCACCCUGGAUCUAAGUAGCGCAGCGACUACCAACAGUCCUCAUGAACUUUCGACGCUCGUCUAAAAACGAUCAUUAUAUAAUAUAGACGUACUCCUUUAAAGACAAAAUUUAUCUUAGAAAUCAUUUAGUGUCGCAAUCAAUACAUUCUUUUCAUGCAAGUCUCACAAGUCACUAGAUCCUCCUUUUUUCCGAUAAUUCUUCUUUGACCUAUUUUUCAUACUAACUUAUUCUCUGUUGCCCCUUCUUUCAAUUGAGUGUCUUUGUUUUUUUUAAACAAAAGUCAUUUCAAUAAAACGACAUACCCUUCUUUUUUAAUUACACGGCAGCUAGAGAUUUUAAUACAUUCUUAACAGAUUUUAAUUUUUGUAGAUAAAUUCCGAAUUCAAUUAAUACAAACCUUGUCUUCUUGACUGAUUUAAACAAUCACCGGGAAUGCUAGAAGACCAAAUUUGGGAUGAUAAAAUUCUCAAAAUUUUGAUAUUUUAACUUAAAAUCGUACAAUUUUAAGCAUUUCCUCGAGCACUUUACAGUUGAAAGCUUUAAUACGUUGAGUUUUAGAUAUGUAACUUGAUGUGUGGAUAUUCAUUUUCUCAAGUACCAAACUGAACGUAUGAGCAACAUUUUUAAGACAUUAAGAAAUUACUAGAAGAUUAAAUAUUGUGUCCUUUAAAUUUUAAAUAUAUCAUAUAAAUAUCAUUAUAAAUGUGAAAUAAUUGAAAAUUUAAUCUAUAUCUAAAAAGAAAGAACUUAUGUUUCCUUUACGAACUUCGUUAGCCAUAAUGUUUUCACGUUUUCAAAAAAUAAUAAUCACGAA